GCUGGUUGCCAACAUGACCUUGUCUGAGAAGCUGUCCAUGCUGCAUGGUUCACCAGACGGCCGCACGGAGUGCAUGGACAGUCCUGGAUGCGCAUACGUUGGAAACAUUGCUCCAGUGGAGCGCCUCCGGAUACCACCUGUGAACAUGAACGAUGGGCCUCAGGGAUAUCGUGCACCAGCAGCGCUGGCUGGGACUUCCACGGAAUGGGGGCAAGGCAUGGGGAAGGAAUUCUACGACAAGGGCUCCAAUCUUCAGCUUGGUGAAGAUCCAUAUCUGGGUUACAGGCUUGUGCAGCCUGUGGUCAGAGGAAUACAGUCACAGAAGGUUGUGGCCAAUGCCAAGCAUUUCAUUCAGAACAACCAGGAAACAAAUCGAGUUGGAGUGAGCGCAGAAGUUGAUGAAAGAACUCGCUUCGAAAUGUACUACCCGCCAUUUGAGGGCGCUGUCCAAGCUGGGGUGGGGUCUAUGAUGUGCAGUUACAACAAGGUGAAUGGAGAUUGGAGCUGUGAGAAUCCGUUCACUUUACGCGGCGAUCUGAAGCAGACCCUGAACUACCAAGGCUACGUCAUGUCAGACUGGGGCGCGACGCAUUCAAUGUCGAUCGCGGCUGGUCUCGAUGUGGAGCAGCCAGGAGCUUUCUGGAUGAAUGCUGAGCUGAUCCAAGAAGCUCUGGAUGCAGGGACUGUGAAGGAGUCUCAGGUGGAUGACUCUGUGAGGCGGAUCCUGCAGGCAAUGUUUCAGGUCGGCGUCAUGGAUGAGCCCCUGAGUGCCUGGGACUGGAGCAAACGCCUGAGAAAUGUCACCACCGCUGCUUCUGUAGCUUCUGCUCGAAGACUAUCGGCAAAGGGCACAGUGCUGCUCAGAAAUGAAGGCAACAUCUUGCCGCUGACUCGUGGCAAGCGCGUUGCCGUGAUUGGCCUCGCAGACGCGAAAGCCAUUUACCACGCAGGGGGAUCUGGCAGCGUCCAGCCCUCCUCCGUCUCUACGCCACUACAAGGUUUUCGAGACGCUGUCGGAGAUUCAGGAACCGUUGAAUUCAACUGUGGAAGAGAUGUCAAUGCAGCAGUAGAGCUUGCCAAGCAGAGCGACUAUGCUGUCAUUUUUGUCGGCACGCUUUCGCGUGAAGAUUUUGACAGAAGUUCUCUGUCUUUGGAUGUUGGUGUGGACUGGACUGGUCAGAACGAGGCUGUCAGCGCCAUUGCAGCUGCAGCUGGCGAGAAAACUGUGGUUGUGGUCACUACUCCUGGAGCAGUGCUUCUACCGUGGUCAAGGCAGGUUGCGGCAAUCAUAACCAACUUCAUGCCGGGUCAGCAAGCUGGCAAUGCCGUUGCUGAUAUCUUGUUCGGCAAUGUCAAUCCUUCUGGCAAGCUGCCCGUGACGUUUCCAAAUCGUGACAACGAGACUGAGUUUUCACCCGCGCAGUAUCCAGGCAUUCCUGAUCCAAAAGCUCCAGCUUACGCAUUCUACACGGAGAAGCUGCAAAUUGGAUACAGGUUCUACGAAACACACCGAUUGCAGUUCCAGACAGGCUUUCCUUUUGGACAUGGGCUCUCCUACACAAGUUUUGCGUACAGCAAUUUGGAAAUUCGGGACGAUUUUCGUGGAGGCAAAACGGUGGCCUUCGUUGUUAAGAACACCGGGGGACGCCCUGGAGCAGAGGUGGCGCAGCUUUACCUCGAAUUUCCAGCUUCUGCUGGCGAGCCAUUCCAACUGAAGGGCUUCGCCAAGACCAAGCUGCUGGAUGCAGGUGAAGACUGUUCGCUCGCUCUUAACCUUCGACCCCGAGAUCUGUCGAUCUGGGAUACGGACAAACAUUCGUGGCGUCAAAUUGGGGGUGUGUUUGGAGUCAGUGUGGGGUCGUCGUCGCGUGACAUCCGCUUGCACGAGCAAUUCUCCACAAACAUUUUCGUAUAG